AUACUUCCGGUUUACGCUAUCGAUCGAUGACAUCGGUGACAGACAUUCCGAAUCCAUCAGACGAUUUAUACCUUUCUUCACCGUACAUGGAACUUAAACUUUCAUUACCAACUGCAUUUGGUGAUAUAGACAUCAAAUUCUUCCUUUCCAACUGACUUUGCAAUAUAUGCAAUAAAGAUAUGGAAUCAUACGAGAUUUUGUUUGAGACCAAAGAAGACUGUUCUAUUGUAACACAUAUGGAGGACAAACCGUACAAGUGUGAUGUGUGUGGUAAAGAAUUUAGUUGUGCAUAUAAGCUACAGAAGCAUUAUAGGACACACACAGGAGAAAACCCCUACAAGUGCACCGUGUGUGGUAAGGACUUCAGUUAUGCAUCUGACCUACGGAGACAUAGUAUGAUACACACGGGAGAGAAGCCUUACACGUGUGAUUACUGCGGUAAGGGAUUUAAUUAUUCGUCUAACUUAAAUAACCACAUCCGGACACACACAGGAGAGAAGCCGUACACAUGUGACGUAUGUGGUAAAGGAUUCUGUCAGUUAUCGGGUCUACAGGUGCAUUUCAGGACACACACAGGAGAGAAGCCUUACAAGUGUGAAAUCUGUUGCAAGGAGUUCUGUAAGUCGUGUAAUCUGAAGUCACAUCUCGGGACACAUACUGGAGAUCUAGACAAUCCUUACAAGUGUGAUGUCUGCGGCAAGAACUUCAGGGUUUUAUCUUUGCUACAGAGACAUUUCAGGACACACACGGGCGAAAAACCGUACAAGUGUGAUGUGUGCGAUAAAAGAUUCGGUGAUUCCUCGCACUUAUAUGCUCAUCAGAAGACACACACCGGAGAUAAACCAUACAAGUGUGAUAUCUGUUGUAAGGGGUUCAGUAAAACGUUCAAUCUACAGAGACAUUUCCGGAUACAUACAGGAGAGAAACCAUACAACUGCAAUAUCUGUGGAAAGGAGUUUAGUGAUGCAUCUUACCUACAGACACAUCAAAGGGCCCACAAAGCAGACGAUCCCUACAAAUGUAGUACGUGUGAUAAGAGCUUUAUCAAAGCAUCUGAUCUACAUACACAUUUCAGGAUACAUACUUGAGACGGUCCAUUCUACAU